UAUUCUAAAGCAGAAGUGUGUUCAUAACGGAUCGGUUUUUUAUUGGUAAUGGCUGAUCAAGGAAUGGCAACGACAGCCAAGCCCGGUCGCAUAGGAUUAUGGUGUGUGCCCAGAUCUACCUCAACGUUACUGGCGAAAUGUCUGAGUGCCAUCGAGGGGAUCGAAGUCCACUUGGAUGUCUACUCGUAUGCCUCGACGUUCAGGGGGUUGUAUGAGACAUCAACGGGAAAGGAGUUACCUUCUGAUCUGAUUGGCAACGAGUCGGUGUACGAGGAGGCCAAUGACGUAUGGGAGAAAAACGUUGGCAAUAGAGACCUGAUCCCGAGAAAGACUUCAUAUCAAACUAUCAAAGAGGACCUAGAAAAAGCCAGUGCCAAGUAUGUUCUCAUCAAAGAAAUGGGAGUUCUCCCCAUUGACCCCAAAUUCUACCCAGAAGGCUACAAAUUCGCUUUUCUGAUCCGGGAUCCAUCCCGAGUCUACGUUUCGGCUCGUAAAUCGAUGGGGGCGAAGUAUGUCGAAACGGGAAUGGUCCCGUCCGAGGCCGAUUACGAUCUCAUCCGAGAUGACCAGCUUGAUAGUCAACCAAUGAAAUGGUUCGAAAGGGAGCAUGCGCUGUGGAAGCAUGUCAAAGCAAACAUCGACCCGGAUCCGAUUAUAAUCGACACGUCGGAUAUCAUGUCAAGACCGGGACCGACUAUCAAAGCAUUCUGCGAUGCCGUUGGCCUUCCAUACAGCGAUGGUCUUCUGCAGAUGAAGCCACUAACUGAAAUGCCCAGUAACUUUGUGACUGCAGCAGAAAAUCUAUUCACUGAUAUGUCCGCAUUUUAUGAGAGAGCCUUCAAGAGUACACAGAUUAUUCCGCCGAAGGAUGUUGGUCCUAUACCGCGUGACCAACUUUCCGAUGACGUCGGUCGUUGUGUGGACUACUCCAUGCCUUUUUACCGUGAAAUGUUUGAAAGUAGACUCCACAUUCCAUAAUGACACUGUAAAGGCUCAUAAUUUGACGUAUGAUAUUGUUAUCGAUCAUUGAAUCAUUAAGCUUCUUUAGAACGACAACCCGUAACUGUCUUAUCAUUAAUAUGCGGCAAUGAAUGAGCCGAAAAGGGAAAG